AUGGGAAAAGUUUUUACUUUGGCUGAGGUUGCUGAGCACAACACCCCGAAGGACUGUUGGCUUGUCAUUGAUGGCAAGGUUUAUGACGUGACAAAGUUCUUGGAAGACCAUCCCGGUGGUGAUGAAGUUUUGUUGUCUGCCACAGGAAAGGAUGCAACCGAUGAUUUUGAGGACGUUGGCCACAGCAGCAGCGCAAGGGUUCAGAUGGAAGAACUUUACGUGGGCGAUAUAGAUUCGUCAACCAUUCCGAGUAAGUCCAAGUACACUCCUCCCAAGCAGCCUCACUACAACCAGGACAAAACAUCAGAAUUCAUUGUCAAGCUCCUCCAAUUCUUAGUUCCUCUGAUUAUCUUGGGAGUCGCUGUUGGCGUCCGAUUCUAUACCAAAUCGUCAGCUUAA